GCGCCAGCCGGCAAGCCGCAAGAAAUGCGUGUUACGUCAUUCAUUUCACAAACCACUAUUUCCAUUAGUCGGUUCAGUACAGCUCCGUGGGGGAGACGCUCUUAACUCAUAAUAGAUUGUUAAUGUUUGUUUUCACUUCACACAAUUCAUUUGGAUAAGGAACUUUUUCAAUACAAUAAAUCACAAUGGGUAAAGUCGCUACUUCAGAGGCGCUUCGUUUUAUGACUGAUUGCUUAAAAGCCGCGGGAGCUCGUGCUUAUCCUGCACACCAACAAGCAGAAUUAUUACUGGAAGCCGAUCGACUUGGACAUCCGAGCCACGGACUUAACAGAUUAGAAUAUUACGUCAAUGAUAUCUUAGGCGGUGGCUGUCAACCCAACAAUCAGCCAAAGAUCUUAAAGCAGAGCCCGUCGACGGCGUGGGUUGAUGCCCAAAAUGUUCUGGGGGCCACAGUCAGUCAUUUUGCAAUGGACAUCGCUAUUGAGAAAGCAAAACAGACAGGCGUCGGAUGGGUAACUGUUAAAGCAUCAAAUCAUAAUGGCAUGGCGGGUUUCUGGGCAAAAAAGGCUGCAGAUCAGGGCUUAAUUGGCAUGGCAUUCACAAAUACAUCCCCGCUACUAGCACCAACGCGAAGCAAAAAGUCUGCUCUCGGUACUAACCCGUUGUCUGUUGUGGCGCCCGGAGCUGAUGGAGAGACCUUUUACCUGGACAUGGCCACCACAGCUGUUGCCGUGGGAAAGAUAGAAAUGAAAAGGCGGAAAGGUGAGACGUUGCCAAAUGGUUGGGCUCAGGGUCCUGACGGCAAAGAAACACAAGACGCUGAACUUGCUUUCAACACGGGAUGUUUGUUCCCGCUAGGUGGUAGGGAAGAAACCUCAGGAUACAAAGGCUACGGUUUGGCCGCCAUGGUAGAACUCUUCUGCGGUAUCUCGUCAGGUUCAAACUACGGGCACCACAUCCGCUCGUGGUCCCACAGCGGCGAGGGCGGAUCAUCCAACAUUGGACACUGCUUCGUUGCAGUCAACUUCGAGAACUUCGCGCCUGGCUUUAAAGACAGGCUUGCGGAUUGUAUGACGCAUUGGAGGAAUUUGGAUCCGGCGGAUGAAAAGCUGCCAGUGUUAGCGCCCGGGGACAAAGAGAAGGAAGCAGCACAACUGACUGAUGCGAGCGGCACGGUCUCCUACGUCGAGCAGCAGAUAAAGUCUAGCUCCGCUCUGGCUGAACGAUUAAAAGUUACUCCCAUGGAGUUAUGCCGUUAAAGAAGAAAUGGACUUUUGGUGUCGUGAUAUAAAAUUUAAUAUAUUUUUAAAGAAAACCACUAAUAUAAAUGUUAUUUAGCUAUAGUGCUAUGAUUUAUGAUAUGUCUACGUUGAUACUAAAAAAAAGUGAGCCGUGGGAUAAAUAAGGUAAAGAAUUAUUCAAUAAAUGAUAUUUUUUAAAUUUGAAAGCUUUGACGUUUUCUAUAAAAUAUCCGCUUUUUCGCUCAAGAUAAAUGAAUCAUGGAACUAUUGUUUUGUUAUUGAAAUUUAUUGAACUUCAAACUUGAUAACACUAAGAAACUUGAAAUUUAAUAGCAUUUGAUUAACCUAAAAGGCUUUACCUUUACUGUAAACUGUUAUACAAAUUUUAUUAUAAAUUAAGGACAUUAUCGUUUUCUGUUUGUAUCAACUCAAAAUUUACUUAAACCAUUUUAAUGUAUCACAAACAUAUUGCUUGACAAUCACAGUUAAUUAAUGUUAGUAUAAAAAAUAUCUCUUACUUUAUUAUACGAGUUAUUAAGUCGUCUUUCAGCAGAUUAUGUACUAGUGACCUAAUAAAAAUAUAAAAUGUUAA